GGGCGGUUUUGACGUCACGGCAAGGGGUUUGUGGGGAGCUGAGCAGGAGUGUGUGCAGCGGCUCGGAGAAAGCUUGACAGAGUUUGGACGGAGAGCAGCCGGGAAACUACAGCUCCUGUGAGGCUCCUGCAACCUGUUGCCCCGCCAGUCGUCGCUGAAACAGUUGAACUCCAGGUUAUGGACUAUUAGAGUGACUUUUUAACAGGACUCUACCACACAGCAGUUUGAAAGCGAGGUAAGUUGUCGCUAAUGUUUCUUUCUGUUUAGUCCCUCCCUCGCAGUUUUUGUCCGCUUCCUGUUACUUUCUUUUUUGGCUGUUUGCUGCUCAGGUGAGAUGACUUUUACAGGUUGAAGCUGUCUCCUAACAACUUAAAACUCUUGCCAACAAUCUUAUCCGUGAAUUAGAAACAACAGGAAUAAGUUAAAUUUCACAUUUUCUCCCAAGCAGCGGAUAAAGCUGUACUUAGAUGUCUAAUCGGAUGAGGCUGUUUUUCCUGUCCUAAACGGACCCCCAGGAGAGCAGUGAAGACGGGGCUUUUUGUCUUUGUACACCCUCUUGUUUAAUUGUCACAGGACAGAGGACAGGAAGUGAAAAAGGAGUCCUGCUUCCAGCCAUGGCCGAGUGAGUUAGGGGGAUCUAAUUUCAGCAAAUACACAUCAGUCAGUCUGUGUGGAUUAAGGCAGCAAAGAGAGAGGAGCAUGGGUGUACUGAGAGGAGACAAGUGGGCUGAAAUGGUUGUUUUACCAUGAGAGUAAAAGGAGUAAAAGGUGAGGGAGUGUAAAGAGUGUAUUUUGACAGAGGUACAAAAGAGGUAGAGUACAGCCUCUCAUCAUCAGAGGACAUAAAGAGUGAGAUGCGCCUCACUACAUGUGGAUGAUAGUCUGGAGAAUUUAAGGUUUGCUCUCUUUCUUCUUUAUUUAUCUCAAACUUUAAAAACAACAACUAGAAACAAAAACACCGAACAAAAUAAUACAUAUGUACGCCAAACAACUGUACAUGACAAAGAUAAAUUUACACAACAGAAUGAAGCAAAAAGCUUAUCUAGUCCUGCUCCUUCCUAUCUAUUUGUAUAAAUGACAAAUAUCUGUAUAAAAACCUACAUAUAAUACACAAAGAUAUCUGCUCAACACUAAAACUAACACUGUUAUAACAUUCAAAAGUAAUAUUACUUUUAUGCUGUCAAGUAUAUCUGGUAUAAAACCAUAUUUUUUGUGAGUUUACUUAUAUGAAUCUUUUAAUACUUCUCUAUAGUUUGAUUUUUAAAGUGACAUCCAGGCUGUUCCAGAGUUUAACACCACAAACCGAAAUAAAGCACAUACUCCUCAGUGUUUUAUAAUUGCUUUUAGUUACAGUAACUCCAGUGCAAAUGAAGUAGAAAGAGGAGAUAAACAAUAAGUAAAAAUAAUGCAGUAUGUAACUCAAAAUGGUUAUGCAGUAUCUCCCUGAACUUGAAAGGAAAUCAGAAAGUUAUUGGCAGGAUAUAUCCAGUGAGAAAUAUUUUGAAUGAAUUCAACAAAAACAUAAAGUCAGAUUGACGGAUUAUUUGGUCGCUUGAAUGUCUACAUGAGAGCCGUUGUGAGGAAGCAAUCAGCCAAUCAUUGAUCAGUACACUGUCUAUGUGAAUUUGUAUUGUACGCAGAUGGUGUAAAAGAGACUCUAGAAGUCUCUGAGGUUAGAAAUGCAUAAAAUUACCCCGUUUUUUGUUAUUUUGAGAAUGGGGAAUAUAUCUAAAAUGGAGAAACAGAGAAACGAUAAUGGGAAUAGUUGUAGGUUGCAGAAUUAAAUAGUUUGCAAAUACCAGAAAACAUUUUCCCAGGUUCUUCUCCGACAUGUAGAACUAAUCAAUAAACUAAUUGAACAAAAGCUGCUCCCUUUGAAACAUUUUGGGUGAUAUUGAUUAAAUUCAAUCCCAUGAGGACCACAUACUUGCAUCUAGUCUUCGCGCUGCACCUUGCAAACAUCUGACGUGUUUUUCAAAGUGAGUAAAAAUGCUCUGGCCGUGACAGAGAAAUUGAAAGGCCGAUAGAGGUGGACUCCAAAGGGUGGAGUCCAGAUAAUAGCCCCCUUGGUGUCAAAAAGCACCCCUCCAAACAUUUCAAGAUGCUGAGCUCUUACAAAUGUGCCCCAAAUUUGAACAGAUGUUCUAUUUUCAUCUGCGUGGGUGUGUUGUGGGUUUGUUUUGGGCUAGACUGGCCGCACUGGCAGCAUCCUCUGUAGUUAUGCUUGUCUGGGAAGCAGCCGUCAUCGCUGUUUUGAUUUGAAUUAGAGCGUUUUUAGAGGGAGCAGGAAGAAGGAGAGAGUGAUUUAGCACAAGUAAGAACAAACUAAUUGAAAUGGCUUUAGGCGCUGCGAUAAAUGCUAAAUGGAAAGGAACACAUUCUGACCUGUGACAAAGAAAUGUUCUGGAUAAAAAGCCGCAUUUUUCGGAGAUGCUGUGCAGCAGAAAUCUCUCGCAGAGAGGGGUGGGAGGUGUUUAGUCAUCAGACAGAUUGGCAUUUCCAUCUCUGCAGCCUUUUGUCUUUAAAACAGGCUGUUCAGAGAGAGGCACAGUUAGAUAUUCGGUGCAAAGUAAACAGCAGCCCCCAUGUGCAAUCAGUGACAGUCUUCUGUGAGUGUGUGUGUGUGUGUGUUUGUCAAAUCCAGAAUCUGUUUUGCAGCUCUGCCUGCCUGCCUGCCUUUUUUUUGCAGUUGUUGUCAGUGACACUUUCUUAUCUUGUUCUCAUUCGCUGCCUCAUAAUGGCCUCUCUGUCAUGAUUGUGGUUUUCUGCAGCGUCUUGACGCACAAAGCUCUCUCUCCAGCUGACAAUGGAGGCUCAUGUGUGCUGCAUUAUGAUGAAGUUGCUGCCUCAGGUUCCUCACUGAAAAGAUGGAGUGGGAUGUUAAACAACUCUCAGAGAACUUACGAAACAAUCCAAAACCAUUAUGAAGAAACACUCGCGUAUUAUGCUUUGGAAAUGUAAUAAUAGACACAUACAUCAGUUCCAAAUGAAAAAGAAGGGACAUUUCACUCUGGUGCAGGACGUUUCAAAACUGGAGUUGACUGUUUUCAUACUAAACUGUUUUUUUUUUUUGUUUCCUCAAAGUCAAGGGUGUUAACUUUGACUCACCUGCUUCGUUUCUUUCCACAUAUGUCACGUAAUCUCUCUGCUGUAACUUUGCGACAUUAUUACUCGUCGUAACCAGCCUUUACUGGCAGCCCACUAGUCCGAUUUGCUCUGACAGCAUCAGAGUAAAUCUCCUUGUGCGCCACGGAGAGCACACCAAAUAACACAGGAGGAUAGAGUUGCAGUCGGAUAUUCAAGGACCACUAAAACAUCCUACACAUCAACGAGCUCGCUCAUCACAUUCCUUGUAAUGUGAGCUCCAAAGCGCUCCAAAAACUCCGCUGUGCUGCAGGUUCGACGGUGGUUUGAAAUGUGCUUUUGACGAAACACGUGAGUACAAACACGACCACAGCCGGCAGAUGUUCAAAGACAGUUUCAGACAGAUGCACAGCGAGACACACUCUUCAACUCCGUCAAACCCACCAGCUCUGAGUUUGAACUUCUCUGAGGGGCUGUUUUAUUUAUCUCACCGUAGAUUCAGUCGGUUUCAUGCAGCAGUCGACGUAGAUCUUGACUCUAGGCUCCACAUACUGGAUGACUGUAGUGUUUGCACAUCAUUUGCAACCUUUUCUGUGAAGCAGAAUUCAAGCGACACUGAUGUUGAUCUUUUGGUUAAGUUGAUAAUCACACUCUGAGUUUGACAUGCUUGUACAUUUUUAUUAACUGUCAUUAAUAAAAGGAUGACAUGCAUAGAGAGUAGGGCCAAAAUAUAUGAAAUGAGUUCAAAGAAAUCUCUAACAAAUGAGGUGUUCAGUUAUCUAACAGCUUACGUUUUUUAUUUAAUUUAGAUAAAGCAGUUCAUAGGAAGCCAAGUUUUCCAACACUUUGAGAGUUAGAUUUUUUCCUUCCAGACGUUCCAAAGAUAAAAACAUUAAUCUGGAUAAACAGCUGCCAGAAUGAAGGAUUGUGAACGUAAUCAUUAGCUGCACUCCCAGGGAAAAAAAUCUUUAUAGAUCUUUGCAGGAAGUGAGUGAGACUGAAUAACGGCUCAGAUAGAUUCAGAAUUUAUUAGAGACUCUCCAUGUCUGACCCUAAAUGAUGGUGAGGAAAAACCAGAAGGAGUUAUCCUUUUGCAGAUCAAAUAAAACUAUUUUUUUUUAACAGCUUCUAGUAACAGAUGUUUCCAACAAAACUUCAUCAACUUUGAGCUUUUGCAAGCCCGGGAGAUGCAGAUCAGAGUAAUGAAAUUACUCCCAAAUGAGCCAUGAUGAUGUUUGUGUUUGUGUGAGUGUAUGUGAGUGUCUGGUUGUUUCAGUUUGUUCCUCUCACUCAGAGCUGAUCAUAUCAUCUUUAUCAAGGCUGAGGCGAAACAUGAUUUGUGUGUGGAUGUCAGAUCGCACCCCUCGUAGGUGACAUCCUGUCAGGCUGCGAGUUUCCGAGCUCUGCAGGCUGGUGGUCACAGACGGAUCACGUUUCAUUAUGAAUGUAUCAUUCAUUAAGUCACCGUCACCUGCGAGCGGCUUCCUUUCAUUCUCCUUUGCUCUCUGUGGGCCUCCUCUUCUGCUCUCUCUCUGUGUUCCCGGAUUAUCUGAUGGACUCUUAGGUUAAGAUUUACCUGCAGGAUAUAAAUGGAGACUUCUGCCUGUUACGUAAACAGACAACAAGAUGUUCUAGGAUGAGAGCCUCGUGGAGAGGGCCUCUGAUUCAAACAGCAGACAUGAGUGAACUGUUCAGAUGCUGCUGCAGAGUUGAACAGCUUUGUAAUGGAUACUCGGCUGUGAUGGAGUUCAGCUGUCCUUUUCUGUGUCAUUUGUGAAGCAUGAAAGCUAAAAGCAAUACUUUUACAGUAGAUAUAAAGGUUUGUGCAUCAAACAUAUUCAUCUCUUAAUCCAGGAGGGUCUGAUUCUUGGGAUUGUUCACUCACAACCAAUAACAGAGAGAGUGUAGACAGUAAAAAUAAACGUAGUAACUCAGAAUUGCAAAAACAAAUAAUUAAAAAUCAGUCAAAUGAAUUAAACAAUAAGAAGUUGGAUGAAACGGGUACAAAACAACUUUGAUACACCACAGGUAUGAAAUGACUCCAAAUUAAAAGCCAGAUAGAAACAGGCAGGUCUUAAGUUUCCUUUUAAAGAAUAAUUGAGAGCGCUGAUUUUUAAUGUUUUGGUGCAUAGAAACAUUUUCUUUGUAAUGAUUGAUCAUAAAGAUGUGCGCUACAUCCUCGUUCCAGUUCUGGGCAAAUAACCAAAUAACCGAGAUUUGGAUUAAUUUUUAACUUUUAUGUUUUGUUGAGGAAACAUUUUGUGUCUGCAGAUGGUUUCCUUUAAAAAGUGUUCGAACCAGUUCAUAAAAUUUGCUUGCCUUUUAAAAGAGCAUCAUCUCUGGUAUAUAGUAUUGUCACCGAAGCAGAGAAAUCAUAUAGGAACAAAUAUAAUAGAUUUACAAGUAUAUUUCAAAGUGCCCAAUUCGCCUUUUUACCUCUUGUCUUGUUGAUUAAAAUGAGAAGAAGAUCAUUUGGAGAUUUUUAACUUUCAUUUUUAUAAUGUUCUUGUCGUAUAAUUAAGCAAAAAUGCCAAAUCGUGUUUCGUGCUUCAUUUUUGUGCAUUAGUGAGCUGAGUGAGCGUCUCUUGGUUUUGGUUGACAUUUAGAGAUGACUUUUAGAGAUGGCUUUUUCUUUUAGUAAUAUUUUCUACUGAAUUCUGAAUCAUAGAGUUUAUCCAGCGAUUGAUCUGAAGCAAAACUAGUGAGUGUGUCGCAAUGUUGCAUAUUUCAUUAUUAUUGUGUUAAAUGCAUGUCAGAUGUAAGAUGGAGUUGAUGCGUACUUCAAGUUUGAGUCACCAUAUGUGAGUUCAGCAUGCAGGUGUCUGGUGUCAGCUUGCAGAGCUCUGUUUUAGAGGUUGGUGUGUUGUUUAUUAUCUGCUGUACUGUUUACCAGGAAGAACAGUUUCACACAUACAGGAUCUGUAUGAAACAAAAGAAGCAACCAAACAGGAACUCCUGAGAGUGUGAACGCUUUCACAUAAACCGGGGAUGAUCACCGGAUGUCAGUGAAUUAAUUAGAAUUAAUCUGAGAAUACCUGCACACCAUAUUGGCCCCGACUGGACCUUUUUUCACUCUCAUUUCUUUAUAAUUUAUGUGCAACAGUAAAUAACAGAAUAUUUCACAGAAUAAGCACUUUGAAGCUGUGCACAAGCUCUGAAUUAUUAAUCUAAACUCUGAAUAUAAAUCUAAACGUCAAGAUCCUAAAGUGCAUUUUCUUGCUUUAAUUUUAUCCCCAAAUCCAGACACUGGUGAGAAUUGCUUUACAUUGUUAUUGUGACUUCAAAUUUUACAAAGUGCAAAGUAACUGAAUCUUCACAGUAACCCGCCUUGUUGUUAAACGAUCAAGGAACAGACAAAUAUCAAACAUUCACAGCAGCAUAUGGCCCAAACAUUCCCCCGUCAGAACCACAAAUUAACAAUAAAUAACUAGAUAAUAAAUACAUGUGCGAUACGUUCACAGUGGAAUGACUAAAAUGCAAUAAAAAAUAAUGCGCUCGAGGUUAAAUUGUAAUUCUGCAAAUUAUUGCUAUUAAAUAAGACGUUUAAAAGCCCCAAUAAUUCUUCUUGGAUAGUCUCUUUCUCUCGUGUAUAAUCGAUCUGUUUUACGGUUUGUCUUCAUGGUUUGGUUUCAUGAAGCUUCAGAUGGUGUUCUGGUUGAAACCUGCCCUCUGAUGUCUGCUGCUGCUGCUGAUGUUAUCUCACGGUAAUGUUGUCUUUGGCUGAUCACAGAAAGGAUGCUGCAGGUCUGCUGCUGACUGUAGGUGUUAAAUCUGUCACACAGAGUCCUACAGGUUGAUCUUCUGUGUACAGUCAGAGUCAUUAGACAGUCAAAGUGACAGCAUGUUCUUCUCUGGGAGGAUAAUACCUGAACACUGGUCUCUAUUCUCCUCCCAGACGCUCUCAGAGGGUUAAAACAGUCUGUGCCUGGUGUCCGCUCGCUUAUCUUGACCUUAAGAUGGUUCGAGGAGGUAAAAACUUGCCUCACCAUGUGACCUGUCCACUAGUCCCAAGUCUUUGUUAUGCAACAGAGCCACUGCAGGUAUGCUGGCAGCAGCAGGUAAGGCUCUUAGCGGUUAAUUGUGGGCGGUGAUCUCUGAGAGACCGAAAUAGACGGGUUCUUAGGGUGACUAUUUGAAGGGAUGUUCAGUGGAGGUCUGAGCGCUCAUCUUGUCGAUUCUUCUUUUAAAAAUAGACUGAGACCGUCAUCCAAGAGGGAGAAGGGGAGGGCUUGCACUGUCGGCACCGAUGGAUGCUGCUUUGUGUCAAAUUGUGUCAGACAACUUUGUCCAAAGCAUCAUGGACAUACUGCACACUCAUAUAUGAAGCAGGUCGAGCUUCUUCUUUCUCUAAAUGUGUUUAUGCAACAUACAGACGUUUGCUCUGGAAAGGCCUCUAGUUGUGGAAGAGACUUGUCAACAGUGAAAUUUUAGCUCACCUGCAUGUCUGUGGAUUGUGGGUGGAAACAAAAACCCACAGGGAGCAACAUGCAAAAACAACACCAACUGCACCCUGCAGUGGUGUAGAUUAAAAACCUACAGAGGAGACAGACAAGCUCUGUCUCAGAGUGGAACAUUUUGAGUGGGUACAGUCUCCUAACCAAGAAAUAAGUUUGCAAGACAAGAGACAAAAAUGCAUGUUAAGAUUUAGGCUAUUUUAGCUCCAAAAAAGCCCAAAAAAAAAACCCUGAGAUGUUUUCGUCAUGCUCGUCUGUUGCUAAAUUUUGACCUUUGUGUCCUGAAAUGUGGUAAAAAGAUUGCGAGGGUGGAGGAGGGGUGAGCGCAGGGUCACCACAAGGGUUUUCCCCCUGUGUUUCGUACCGCUGUAGUCGCUUUGCAUAGCGACAUCAUGUUUGUUUGUUUGUCUGAGCAGCAAAUACAGUUUAGGAUUUUUGGCCACAAACGAGUAAGAGUUCUUAUUAUUGACGAAUGUGAUAAAAACACAAAGAGAUGUUUCGUUUCCAGUCGUUUACCAAAGCACUGCAUCAUUCCUACAUAUGCCAGUGAAUAUUUAACACUUUCAGCAAGAGUACAAGGUGUUAUCAAAGACAUACUAAGAAGAUACAUGGUCAUUUUGGUGAGUAUAACCACCAGGUACUCAAAUAAUCAUGAAAUAGAUGAUGAAUAUAAAUUGUUUGGCCUUCAGUUGAAAAAAUCCUGUAUUUGUGUUGUUUUUGUAAAGAGAGCCACAUCAUGAAUCAGCCUUUCCUCUUUAAUGCAGAAUAAUGAGGCGAGAAAUGUUCCAGUGAGCUAAAUAUCUGCUUUAAAGGAGGAGCCAACAUUCAACACAGAAAGUUCUGAGUAUGUGCUCCUCUGGAUCGGAGACGCUGUAUUGACUAAAACAUUAUUUGGCAGCAGUGAACAGACCCAAGACCAAAAAGAACAAGAGUGAUUGUCGUCAAGACAACAACAACAACACAGCCUUGGUAAUUAUUGAAGCGCUUCACAAAUCCAUUUAGAAAUGACAACUCGGGAACCGCACAGCAGAGUCCAGAUUAGAGUCAGAUCAGAGUUUUUGAAUGAAGGGAGGCGGGAUGACCUCAGUGUGUGUGUUUGUGUUUGUGUGUGUGAGUGUUUACAUGGGUUGUGUAUUCGACUUGUUAAGCGUACUCUUCUCACAUCAUUUAUUUAUUUAUAGACCCGAGCCGUGUUUGUGAUGAGGCGACACAGGAUGUGGAUCACUGAGCGGGAUGUUGUUUAGUCAACUUUAGUUUUUUGAUGGUGAAAUUUCAAUUAAAAAACAAAAGAGGACUGGAAACCGCCUGGUGUGGCAGCGGGGUAAUUGGAAAUGUUUUUGUAAUGAUUAACAGGGUCAACUCAAGGGCUGCAUCAAACUCAAGUCAAAUAGCUUUUUUAAGUAAGUUACAGCUUUUGUCCUCUGUUGCCAGAAUCGGGAAUUUUCAUUUUUACUCUUAGUCUUUUGGUGUUGUGAUGUUAUGCUUUCAGUCCUCACUUCGUGAGCCCUGUGUCAGUGCAGAAAAUCAAAUCAUUGCAAAGCUGUAACAUCUUGUCCUGAACUUUGGCUGUGACGUUGGUAACUCGGCGAUGAAUAAGUGGGAUUAGUUUAAACUGGUGCAGCUUUACAUCCCAGCCUCUGCCAUGAUCAGCAUAUAUGAAUGUGAUGUUUACUGUGAAAAACGCUUUGAUUGGUAAGAUGACUUCUGUUAAAAUGCACUCUUUUUAAUCUGUAAGUAUAGUUGAAUCUUAUCAGACAGAUAUUGUGAGUGUUAUUGUAAGAUCCUGUUUUUUUCAGCAGUGCUUUUAUGCUAAUUUUGAUGUACUGACAUCUUAUGUUUGAAUUACUUCAUUGUGUCACAAAUAUUUUAAUCUUAAAGGUGUGUGUUUACAUUUUAGACAUACCGUAUUUUUCGCACUAUAAGGCACACCAUCAAUGAACGUGUCCAUUCACGUCUAUUUUCAUACAUAAGGUGCACCGGAUUAUAAAGCGCAUUAAACCGAACAAAAAAGUCAGAUAAGUCAAACUUUAUUUAACUCAUUCAAUAACUCUGUGAGGCUACAGUAGCUGCAGUGCGCCGACAAAAGGAUUUGAAGUGCACCUUUAUAGUAUUAAAAAUACGGUAUAUAUUUCUCCCAUAUCCCACAGAUUCUGACAGGCGGCUUGCAAAUUAUAGGAAAAGUAUGACAAGCAAAUCAUUCGAUAGUAGUUGUGGCUCUGAGGGUAAAGCCAGGUGCUGCACUCUGUGAAAUGCCAGUACUGACCGUCUGUGGCUUUACCGACCUUGUCAAGGGUGUCCAUGAUCUGGAAGACUGUCAAGUCAGCAGUCUGCCCAUGAUUAUGGUCGCCUGUGCUGAAGUGGACUGAGGGAAACACUAUAUUCAUACUGCUUGAGUACUAGUACUGCAAAUUAAAAUAAUCUAAUAUUUUGAGAUCCUUUUUUAAUGUAAUUUUUGAGCUGUAGGCCACAGUUACCUGUAGUAAAAUAUAAAAAAGUACAUUCAAAAGUAAUGGAGAGUCACUUUUUCUCAGUAUUUCUAAAUUUAUGCCACACUUGUACUUGAACAUUGAGAUGACACUUUAUCUGGAGUACUCAGAAUAAAUGAACAACACGUUACUCUGACGCUGUAAUUCUUAGUUAUUUUGCUUAUUAGCUGAUGUGACUUAAUGCCUCUCCUGCUGCAGUUCAUCAUAAAUCUGCGUUAUUCUAUCGGUCGAUAACACCGCUUCAAUGCUGUCUCUGUGUUCUGGAGGGUUUACUUCAGUCUAAUUUAAAGACAGACACUUAUCUCCAUGACGUGUGGCUGCUGCUGUCGUUCUGUUCGAGUGCGCAAACGAACGUUAAUCCACACUCCCCGUGCUGCUCUCACAUUCUUGCCUCUGUUGGUGUGAACUAUAGUCAACAGCAGGGGACGCCUUUUUAGAUGAAGCCUCCACUCUGCCAGAGCUUGUUUACUCUGAGUUAAUUAAGGGAUUAUGGCAGGCUGUUUAUGCAACAUAUGGGUGUGAAAUAAAAGCCGGAGAAAGACAGAGGCCUCGCAUUAAUGGCAACAAAACUGAUGGAAACGAAAAAACACAGGCUGAUUAACUUAAACUGCAACAACAGCUUCUCUUUAGAUACUAAAACGGCAAAUAGAUUAGUGUUAAACUCUCUCUUAUGUUUUCUAAAUGCUCGCAGUCGUGUCAGUCACUGCAACAACUCCAUUCAUGACAAACCCAUUCACUAAAACACCAACUUCACAGGGUUAUUGGCAGCUCCCUUCAAUCCUCAUUGAUUAAAUAAUGGAUUAGCUGAAGAGAACAACGUCAGGCAAGUCAAACAGGAUCAAAACAGCCGACGUCUCUAUAUAAUACUUCAUGUUAGACCAGUGGUUCUCAAUCCAGUCCUCGAGCCCCCACUGUCCUGCUUCAACACACCUGAUUCAAAUGAUCAGCUCGUUAUCAAGCUCUGAAAUGGCUUACUAACGAGCUGAUUAUUUGAAUCAGGUGUGCUGGAGCAGGGAAAUAUCCAAAACAUGCAGGACAGUGGGGGCUCGAGGACUGGAUUGAGAACCACUGUGUUAGACUAAAACUAUAGUUACUGUACAGUUAUUGAACUGUUAAUCCAUCAUAAAGUGCUUUACAUAAGGGGUCAGACAAAGAAAUACAAUAUUGUUUGUGCCUCUGAACCAUAUCCUGUUUUUUUUAAUCUUUGUGGUCACUCUCAUUCCCUUUCUAGACUCCAAACAUUACCUGAAAACACAAUCUGUACAGAUCCUUCACCCCUUAUCUCCAAGAAGACACCUAUAGAGUAAUUUUCUUCGCCCUGCCCUGCCCUGACACGGCUGAUUUGUAUCUGUCAUUAUCUCGGCCUAAGCUUAGAAUAGCUCUCCUCUCGUCUUAAGCCCGGAGAGCUCAGCAACAGCUAGCAGAGAAAGUGCCAAGCGCCGCUUUCGUACCAGGGGUUAGAUGAUGAACCGCAUCCUCCGUUCGGCUGUUACAACUCCCCCCCUGCUCGCUUUCUGCAGCUGCUCAUUUGCUCCAGAGGAGUGUGGUUAUACAUUUGGAAAGCAAUAAAACUAAUUGGACUCCGCUACUUGAUUGUUUUUCUUUUCUGCAGCUUUUGUUUCCAAGGCCUCAUCAAAAGCUCGAACGACGUCCAUUAAAAUAACUCAUUAUUUGAACGCAGAGAAUGUGAAUGAGUUUGGAAACAUCAGUGUUGAGGUGCAGCUGCAGGAAACGAAACGUGCAUUUGCAGGGAUGCACACGGGCAUAUCUGCGAGUCUAUCUUCUCUGAGUCUAAAAGUGGGUGUGGUUGUGCGUGUGUGCAGGUUGCACAGCAUGAAAACAUUUGGUGGUCUUGUACUGUAGGUGCAGAGGAGAUAAAACUGCGUAGACGCACAAGACCACACUCACCACUUUAUUUCUCUCUGCAGAGAUGUUGCUUUUAUUUGCAUUUUGUUUUAUUAUGUGGAAAAACUAAAAUGCAAAAGAUGACAAAAUAAAUUGAUGCUGAUUGUUGCAAACUUCUCUUAUAUUUUCAACCAUCUCCUCACCUAAAUGAAGAGUUUAUACAUCUAUGAGCUCAGAGUUUCUAUUUUCAGGGUUUUUAUUUUGGUUCACCUUGUUUUAAGCAGUUGGGGUUUAAAAUAAAAGAGCUUAUAAAAUGUUAAUGAUGUGUUUAAAACUUGCUCUACUGUUGCCAAAUAGACACAAAGUGGAUGUUGCAGGUUUGAGUUUUAUUUUCGGUGUCCUGUGGUCAGAUUUAUGAUUUUCCUAAAAACAAAGUUGUGUAUACACUCGAGCUUUGAAGCCAAUUAAAGUCGGAGUGUUUUAAGAACGUAAGUCUCGGCUAUUUUAAAUCAGUGCUAAUAACCUUUUUUUGUCUCUCUCUCUCUCUCUCUCUCUCUCUCUCUGCCUCCUUCCUGUCUGCAGUCUAAAUCGCCGCUGUCCUCACCUCACCUACAGCCUCCACACAAACAGCGACCAUGGGCAAACAGAACAGCAAGCUCCGUCCCGACGUCAUGCAGGACCUGAUGGACAACACGGACUUCACCGAGCACGAGAUCACCGAGUGGUACAAGGGCUUCUUGCGGGAUUGCCCCAGCGGUGCACUCUCCAUGGAGGAGUUCAAGAAGAUCUACGCCAACUUUUUCCCGUACGGAGACGCCUCCAAGUUCGCCGAGCACGUCUUCCGCACGUUCGACGCCAACGGAGACGGGACUAUUGACUUCAGGGAGUUCAUCAUCGCCCUGAGCGUGACCUCUCGCGGUCGGCUGGACCAGAAGCUAAAGUGGGCGUUCAGUAUGUACGACCUGGACGGGAACGGAUACAUUAGCAAGGCAGAGAUGCUGGAGAUAGUAACGGUGGGUUUUCUGCUUGAAUUUUCUUCUGUUUGACUUUGUUAUUCUGUAGAUUUACGCAGCCCUCUGUCUUUUAGCGACUACUUCCUGCAGGGAAACGUUUUGCUCAGCCAUCCACAACAGCUGCUGUCUACUUAUAUCCAUCUGCUUCCAAGUUCUGCAUGAUUCGGCUGCAGGAAAACCAGCUGCUGUGUAAUUUUAGAAAGCAGACGUUUCUCUCGGGCCUUCAGAAGUCUCAAUAUAAGACCCGGCUGUUGUGUAUUUCUAGAUAGGGAGCAGUUUACUCCUCUGAUCCUCGUAUUGACUCAGCAAUUCAUCCAGUCAGUGUGCGGAUCAGGGAAACGCAUCCCUCAGAGUUUCUGUACGACAAAGAGUCUCGCUCACAGUCGGCCUCCCUUAUUGGAUAAAAAGUUAAGACUUCUGCCAGAGCUUGUCACACACAAACACACACACACAGGCAGUGCAAUCCCCGACACAUGAUGUUACAUCACACUUCAUGGUGCUAAAUUGAGCAAAGUGCCAAAGAGUGUCUAAUCCUAUUGUGCAGACCAGUGCUCUCUCUGUGGCGUUAAUGCAAAGGGUUCCUUAAUACUCAAAGUCUUUCAGAUUGAAGAGCGCCACAUGAUUUUUCUCACGCUGUGUUUUCAUUUAUUGGAAUUAUGAAUAUUCAUCUUUUUAUACUUAAUUUUGAAGGUCCUAUUAAUCUGAGAAGUUGAGUUUAGUUUAUCAAGGAUCCCCAUUAGUCUACACCGCAGUGGAGACUAUUCUUCCCGGGGUCCAGGCAAAAAACAUCACAUAAUCAUAAAACAAAACAAAUCAUACAAUACAGUACAGCAUGAUCAAUAAUAAAAUUUUGUAAUACAAAAAUAGCAACAAAAAUAAAUAAAUAAAACAAUAACUUGGAGUUUACAUAAUAAUGUUCAUACCAAAGAUAAAAAAGAGCAAUAUAAAAAUAUAUAUAUAUUUGUAGCACAAAUAAAAUGAAGAACCAAUGGCCGACAAUAUACACAUUAGUGUACCAAAGACAAACAAUAUUCUGAUAGACGAAAAAGUACAAAUCAAGAUAAUAUCAAUAUAAAAUCAAUAUAAAAUAUUAAUAUAAAAAGGAUAAACAGAAACAAAAAUGAAUUUAAGCAAAAAAUAAUCAGAAGAAAAUAAAUGAACCAGUCAUGACAUUAGGAACAAUCUGGAAUAAUCUCUUUCCGCAAAACUUUUCCUCUCAUCUAUUCUUAAAACCCACACUGCUGGGGAUUGAUAUCAGAUAUUGUGGAAGUCGAUUCCAGUAAGUGAUCGCUCUAUACAUAACAGUCUUUUUCAGAAUGAUGAACAGGAAUGAUGAUAUCUUUUAAUUAGAUUUGAUUUCUCACGUUUAACGAUUUGCUCUUAUUUUGAAUUCCUGUCAUUACAAAAAAAGAUCAACUUUAAUUCAAACUAGAUUGAAAAGAUCUGCAACAAGUCCAUCAUGUAGUAGAUCAUAACAAUAAAAAGCAGCAGGAUGAAGCAAUGAAGAGAGAAUAAAGACCGGCAAAUCAAUAAAACUCCCUGUAGCAGACUGGAUCAGACUCCUUUAGGCUUUAGUCUCACAGGUUGGGAAUAAUCCUCCAACAUAGUUAAUGGACACCACAAUAAUUCUCCCCCUGUAUGAGAGAGAGAGACAUGGUGUUUUUGCUUGAUCAAUGACCCGACCUUUCAGUGUAUUUAAUCUGCCUGUUUUCUAAUUGCAGAUAUUUUGCUGAUGAUUAAAUUCUCUUAUCUUCUCUCAGUGUUUAUCUCCUGUCAGAGUAGCAGCAGGAUAACAGUAACUUGUGUUUGUGUGUGACUCCCAUCCAAAAAUAACAUGUAAUAAUAAAUCUGCUGGUUGAUCAAGAGAAAUCUAAUAUUAAAGUGAGCUCACUUACUUGUUAUCCUGCAGCAGAUCUUGAACAUGACUCCUCCUUAAGGACUAGCAGCUGUUUAUUUUGGUGACAUUUUGGUACAUGACGUGGCUGCAGGUUAAACUUGGUUCAUUUAACACAAGGAGAGACUGAGCCUUUACCUUCUGUCUGUGAUUACUCAAGUGAAUUAAAUAUCUAACAAUGUGAACCUCCUCUCUGAGACAAGAAAAAUGUAAUUGAUUGGUCAUAUAUGAAUUUCCUGCACAAGCAAAACCAUUUUGCUUCACUGUUUCAGUUUCUUUUCUGGUAAUAACAGCUGGUGUGAGGCAUGAUCAGACUUUGAGCUCUUGUUUCUACUAUUUUCUUUAAUUUUAAGUUUUGAUGAAGUGCCUCUUAAUGUGUUAUUACACUGGGAUUCAUUAAAGUUGAUUUCUUAGUCAAGGAAUCAAGUGUGCAGUCUGGAGCUAUCAUUAAUCUAAUCUGUGAAAUAUUCUGUCGGUGAUUCAUGUUGAUUUCUCUUUCCCUCCUCAGGCUAUUUACAAGAUGGUGUCCUCCGUGAUGAAGAUGCCGGAGGAUGAGUCAACACCUGAGAAGCGCACAGAUAAGAUCUUCAGGCAGAUGGACACAAAUAGAGAUGGUGAGCCAAAUUCUCUUCCUGUUGUCUUUAACUUUGCAGCUGUGUUUCCACUCACGGUUUUCUUAUUACAUCAUUUAAAACUUGUUGCUUCCGCAGCGUUUAAUCCGCCUCAUCAUUUUAGGUUUCACAGAUAAAACAGACACAAUUAGUGCUUCAAACCAGUCCACUUUGCCCCCUGUCUCGUUAGAUCAAACAUUAUAUUAACAGGUGGUUUUAUCUGUCUCUUCUAAUGAUUAAGAUUAGAUAAAAGUUUCAACCCAGUUAUAACAAAUUUAAAUGGUUUUGUCAUUCGUACUUUAUGAAUAUCUACGCCUACAUACCUUUAGUCCCAAAAAUUCAGUCAUAGCCAAAGCUCAGAAAAAGGGUUUUGAAAAGUGAGAUAGUACUUGUUACUUCCCCAGUCUUCAUGUUCUGCUUGUACUCUGGCAGUCUACAGUGAAUAAAAGUUGAUUGAUCAGUGAGAAAAACCUGAAAUAUUGUGUCAAACCUUUUAAUAACCUUGGAUCUGUUCAAAAAUGAGCGCUGAUCUCUUUCUCUGACCCCCUCAGGUAAACUGUCCUUGGAGGAGUUUGUUGAGGGAGCGAAGAACGACCCCUCCAUCGUGCGGCUGCUUCAGUGUGACCCCAGCAGUGCUGGACAGUAGAUACCUGGACUCUUGCUUUGUUACGGUUCAAAUAAUUGAACAAAUCUUCAAAGAAAACCCAGAUGACCCACCUGAGAUUAUUGACGCAUGAUCACUUGAGCUAUGGAGGCACAUGCACAAACAUGCAAGCACACGAUGAUAUAUCCAAGUAAAGACAGUACAUUGCUACAAAUACCACAUAUUAUCUUUUAAAACCACCAUGAGCACAUACUGUACAUGUGCCUCCAUGCCAGGUCAAAAUCUCCAGACAACAACAACGACGGUCUUUUACACGGUACAAAUCGACCCCGAAGGACUGAAACCUCAUCAAAGACUUUCUCAACACUGAAUCGAAGCUGUGCUGUCUCUGUCUGAGAGGACGGCCAACGUUUUAAUCCAACAGAUUUGUGAGGCACACUGAGCCGAAUCCAAGUUCACUGUUCUCUUCCUGUGCUUUUAUUUGUUGUUUUAAAAUGCAUUUUUCCCCUAACUCAAGGGUAAUUAUGCUCGUUUUAUCUUUUGUUUUGUUUUACUUUGACCAACUUGGGUUGUUGAUGACGACAGACAGAUCUUCUCAGAGUAUUUGCAGUUCAACUCGACAUCUGCACUGGAUGAAAUGAAGUAUGUGAGUCUGGGACUAGUGUUCACAGUUUACAGCUCAAGGCUCAUGUAGACAGGAAAUCUGAUUUAGUUUUUUAACUGUUGAAGACAUUUUAGAAAGGAUGACUUUUUUUUUUUAAUGUGUAUUUUGGAAGAAUGUUACAUCAAACCAAAACUGACUCAGAUUUCUUAUUGAAGGGGAAUAUUUUGACUACAGAUUUCAAGCAUCUUUGCUUUUGAAAGUGACUUUUUAUGCCAAGUUCUGUGUCCACACAUACAAAAAAAAAACACACAUAAAGACAUUUAUACUUUUAUUUCAGUGAUGAACACAUGAACUUGACAUACGCAUAUAAACCGAGCUGUGAUUCUUUUACUUCAAAUAUGAUUUAACAAGCGUAUCAGUAAAAAAAAAGGUAAGUUAGAUGUUAUAUGAAUAUAUAUUAUGUACCUGUAUAUUCUUUUUCUCUGUGAUAACAUUGUGGUUAUCUGCCGCAACCUAAUAUUUCAUUUAAAGAAAUUUUUUUGGCGUAUAAAUUAUUGGAAUGUGAUGAUAAAAACAAUUUAUUUUCUUUUACUUGACAAAUACGAUAUGAAAGAAAGUUGUACAGUAUAUUCACUCAUAUUUAUGCUAGAGAAGAUAAAAAAAAGGAGAGGACCACAUAUAAUGCUAUUGUUAUUUUAAUCUUGAUUUCAACGCAGAAAAUACUGGCUGUCAUUUAAGGGUUUUUUCCUGAAUAGAGUGUCAUAAGAAUGAGGUUUAUCAUAGACCUACCUUAAAAACAAAACAAUACAGGAACUUUAUUGAUACCCCAAAUUGGGCAUUAUUUUUAUUCCUUAAGAGGGUCGAAUUUGCCCAGCAAGAAAACCCUCUGAGUAAAAAUGAAGCGAUUUUAAAGUUUAAUUGUAAUUCUAAAAAAAAUGUAAUAUUAAAAAGUAUACCAGUCACAGUAAUCCACACUUCUAACUCUACUCAUUCAGCUGAUUGUAAGCAAGCACAUCAAAGCUUUACAAGUAAAGGCGUCUUAUAAGCAGGACGGUUGUCUUCCCUAAUUGUAAUAUGUAAAAUUAUACUGACUUUUGCACAAGGGAAUGUGUAGGGUGCAAAAAUGCUAAUUGCUUGCUUGUAGGACUUAUUCUCAUUCCUCAGCACUCUGCAGCAUACGAACAGAAGUAAACAAUGGUCUAAGUGUUGUUGCAGUGCAAUGUUACCGUGUACAAAACUCAUCUUUUGUGCAAGUGUGACUCAGACAUCUUUCGUGAAUACAGACUUCAAAAGCAACUGUAAAUGUAAGAGGGUUAAGUGACCACAGAGGUUACUAAUGUCUUCAUUCUCAUGACUCAGUCACAGACACUCAACUGACAGAACAAAGCACUGACCUUGGUAGUGAGUGACAGCAGCAUCCACCAAACCUCCUUGUGUUUUUGCAGGAUUUUCUGACAGCAUCUAUUCUGCUUUCAUUGACACCUGUUUGUCUGUGUUGGUCUGAAGACACCAUGAUAUCACACAGUUGUUCAUAGGCAGAUAAUUGAUGGAUGAAAUUGUUGAAUCUCCGGGCUCCUGCACAUUUAAAGUAAGUGAUCCGGUACUUCAGUCCCACAUUUCACUUCAAUAGCAUCUUGUGGUCAAGUGCCAAAUAUAGAUGAACGAAAAUCAAAAAAACAGUAUUGUAUCCAUUUAUACUGUACAGUUGUUACCUGUCGAACAAAACCAACUUUGUCACUGUAUCAUUUUGUAGAUUUUGUAUUGUUAACUUGCAUAACGUGUUCUGUGUAGGAUGUCCAUUUUGUUAUUCAAAUAAAUGCAAAAUGGGAAAACAGCA